GACAAUGUCGCGAUCGUCACAAUCGGUCAAAAUAAAAUGGACAUAAGAGGUGUGCACUCUCUUAUGUGGAGACCAAACAGAACAAGGGAGCUCGAAACCAUCAAAACUGUUCAUUCGUGUCAGCCAACGAUAAAAAAAGAAAUUUGCCAGCUUUUUCCUAACAUAAAAUUUGGCCUUAACGGACGCUGGCUGCUUGUUCUGGCCAAAGAAUGGUUGCUGCACUUAUACAAGGAGCCCGUCCCCGGGUCGGCCGAGACGAAAUACGUUGGAUUUUAUAUGGACGUCGUCCAUCUCUUGGCCCGGUCGCUCAAUUUCACCUUUGAGGUCGUGCCGAAAACCGGGGAAGACGACCGCAUGUCGUGGAGGGACUUCUCGCACCAGAUAGCGUCGUCUUCCGUUGACCUCGGCGCCACGACGUUCCCCAUCAGCACCAGCGCCUACUACAACCACACCGUGUCGUUCCCUCUACUCUGCACUAACAUCAGCGGGGUUUACAUGAAUCCCGAGGGUCGGUCCUCCUCCUUUCCCAAAAUUAAAAAUCACGUAAUCAUCUCCGUCAUCUCUACUUGUGCUAUUGUGAUCAACGUCAUCAUCUACUCCAUAGCGACGCGAGCAUUUCCUGGCGACGUACAAUCAGUAGAUAAAUGCACUCAGUCCGAGUCACUUGCUAAUGCAAACUCUCGUGAAAAUAAAAUGACUGGAUCAGUAUCGGCUAAGGAAAUAUCGAACACCUCUAGUUUUAGUCACUCAAAAGAAGUGUUCGAUAGGGGAAAGGGUGCGAACACAGACCAUGCGAAGCAAUGCGUCACAUGUAGUAUGAAAAAUAGAAACAAGAACAUAUCAUCAACAAUAACAGCUAAAGAACGAAUGUUAGUUCUUAACAGAAAAGGCUUCGGAAAAGCCUCGGUAGGUUCAUUUAUUUUAAAAAACCUGUUUUCAGAUCUUCGCGGUGUGCAAAUCUACGAGUAUUUCAUUGACAUUACAUUCAGAUUCAUCGGGACGCUAGUGAACCAAAAUUCUUUUCAAAUUCCUUAUGCGAACUCGGCGCGCAUUCUACUCUGGUUCUGGAACAUGAUGGUGCUGGUCAUGUCAGCUACGUUGACCGGAACUCUAAUCGCUAAUCUCGUGGGCAAGGGAGAGACUCUACCCUUUACGACUUUCGAGGAGAUGAUGGCCAGGGGAGACUACCAAUGGAGCUGU